UAGCUCAUGCUCGCGUCGAUGCGUCGUGCCGUUCUGCGCGGUCGUGUCGUGCAGGUCUCGUGUUUCGUAGUCUUCAAAUUGUCUUAACGAAAUAUGAUAGACUUUCGUACAAAUUCGGGGAAACCUGAUCCCGACAAUGGAAGGUACAACAAUACCAAUAUACCGGUUACUUCACAACAAGGUUUAGCCUCGCUUAGUCCAUAUUUAAAUUUUGACCCAUCAUAUCUCCCGGUCAGUCAACCAGAGUUUAUAUUUCCCGACGGUGCUGUGAAGCAGCGGGGCCGCUUCGAAUUGGCCUUCAGUCAAAUUGGAGCUGCAUGCAUAGCUGGUGCGGGGAUUGGUGGUGCAUCGGGUCUAUACAGAGGCGUUAAGGCGACGUCUAUCGCUGGCGAGACUGGCAAACUCAGAAGAACACAAUUGAUUAAUCAUGUCAUGAAGGGUGGCGCAAGUAUGGCAAAUUCACUCGGUGUGAUAAUGAUAAUGUACACCUGUGCUGGAAUAGGUCUGACUUGGCUCAGAGGAACCGAUGACAGUUUAAAUACAGUAGCUGCAGCUGCCACAAGUGCCACGGUGUUCAGAUCACCUGCUGGAAUCAGGAAAGCUGGUAUUGCAGGUGCCAUCGCGGCAGGAGUUGCAAUGAUGUACUGUGCCUAUAAUAAUGGAGCCUUGUCGUUGCAUCGUGUGAAUGGAUGGAAACAUGCGGCGUAAGAAUUGAUAUAACAAAUUGACAUCCAUACUGUAAAAGAUCUCUGAUGCGUUUUCGUACCCUCAUGUUACCUUGUACAUAGAAAAACUUAUCGUACGACGCAAAUAAAUUAUUGAAGGGAUAUUAGAACAAAUAAAUUAUUGAAACCAA